UUGAACAAUUGUUGGUAUUCCGUAACGCGAUACCUUGAUUUUGACUGUAUUCACUCUCUAUUGAUAUUUUGCCGUCGACAAUUUUACGACAAUGAGUAAUAUGUACGUACGUAGAUAAACAUUCGGUUGAGUUUUUUGAAAUUUGCGGUGUUUUCGAAAAAUUUUACUUGACAUGUCGACCGAUCAUCAUGGUGGAAAGGGUUACACACCCUUACCACAAAGUAUAAGCAACACGGAUACCGAAGACGAAGAAGAUUGUUUGGCUCAACAAAAUGAAGCCCCUAAGGGACGUACUGACGAUACGCUAACAGAGACAACAACAAUUCAUGAAAAUGGAGCCUAUUAUCCAUUAGACGAAACAAAAAAUGUGGCGAAUCGAAUGAAAAAUGGACAAGAUAUGCUUAAAUAUUACAGAGAUGAUAUACCUAUAAUGGUAGUCGAAGGAAAUGAACAAAAUGACUUAUGGAAACGACGCGAUAUGUCUCUUCUUCGACGAUUUUGUUUAGUCACUUCUAUAUUGUUAUGCGUUGUAACAAUAAUUAUAUUUCUGUAUGUUUUACCUUGUGACAAUUCGGUAGUAUGUCCUUCGAUUAUGGAACCUCAAUCACCAAUAUCGUGGGAUAAGACUUUGCGAGGAAUGGAACUACAUGGUCCUAUCUCUAUUAUUCGCGGAAAUCCAUCGAAUCUUAUAUUUCUCGUUCGCGGGCAACGAUACAAAGGGAAUGAUACAAGUAAAGAUCAAAGACAAAUAUCAGCAAAAGGAGGAGGAAUUAUAUCGAUGCAAGGAAAUAGUGGUUUGCCGCUGUGGCUGGUUCGUUUAGAAAGACCACCCACUGAAAUUGACUGUAUUUCAGUUGAUACAGAUCGAUCUGGAAAACCAGAUUGCAUAGUUGCUGGUGAUCAAGGCCUCUUGGCUAGUAUCGAACCUAUUGCAGGCACUAUACAUUGGAGCUCAAAAAUCCAUACAUUUAAUAAACUACCUGUGAUUUUAUCGGAUAUUGAUUCAGACGAAGUUAACGAUUUCUUAAGUGUAGAAGUAACAAUAAAAAACACGUCUAAUCUUGUUCUUUUAUCUGGAAGAAGUGGUCAUCUUUUAGGACGUUACUCGCCUGGAAAUUGUUUAUCAAUAGAUAUAUACAGCCUUGUUUUUAAUAAUACUAUAUCUUAUGCCUGCUAUGACAAUAAUAGGGAAAUUGUGAUCAGAACUAUGACUUUUCUAGAAUCAGUUCGUACCAUGAAAUUAUCAGAAACACAUAAGCAACUCGUAAUGAAGUCAACGUUUCAUUUCUUUAAAACAUCAAAACUCGAUGAUGAAAACUAUACUUGGAGGCCUAUACCGUAUUAUUACGUAUCUAUAGAGAACGAAGGGACAUGCCCUGGAGAAUUUUGCAAAGCUAGCGUAAAUUUAACGUUACAAAAAUUUGGGAACCAGUCGGUAACAAUAUGGGAUCAUGUUUGUCCUAAUUCUUUUGUGUCAAAACCAGCCUUCUUAUACAUGCCCGAAGAACCUUAUACUAUUGGUUUUGCGAUUAAAUUUUGGCAAUGGGCCGACUCAAUACCUGAAUAUACAAAGACAGUGUCUGGUAUUACAGAAAGAAGAUUAAAAGAGGAGGUAUUAAUAGUUUUUGUAAAUUAUACAGAUGUACGUAUGGAAACGAGUCAAAGUGAUAUCACUCAGUUGUGUCAGGGUACAGAUUGUCAACCGAAUGUGAACUCGCGUGCUUAUUUUAGUUCGAUUGAAAUUGAUUCUCUCAGCGAAGACGGAUUCCCAGAAUUAAUAACUUAUUGGUCCUCGUAUGAUGUAGAAUCACCGGAAGUGUUGACAUCCAAGGUGCAAGUUGUAAAAUUAGAUUCAAUUGUAUCUAGUUUACCGCGUAUAAAUGUUUAACGUUCUUUUGUACGUUUGUUUAACAGCUGCGUUUGUUUGUAGAACUACUCAUUGCCCAGUUAUACCAAAUAAGAUUAAUGAAUAUCUUUACAACGAAACGAAACGAAAAUAUACUCGUCUCGUGAAUACAUUUAAAGUAUACUUAUUAUUAAUGGUGUUUGGCCAUAAAUCCAUUAAGACUAGUCAACAUUUUAGCAGUAACGAAAUUAUGAUUUUAGACGUCGCCUAAUUUAUCAUCAAAUAAUUUCUAAAACAAUGAUUCUCCUAAUAAGCGGCCAUUGUUAAUGUCUACAUAUUUUAAAUGAACACUUAAUGGUGCCUUGCAAAAGCUAUAUAAAAAAAAUCAUAAGCAAAUAAAUGAAAUUUAAACUUGCAAAAAUACUUGCAUGUUAUUAGAGGACGUGUUAUGAAUUUUAUAUGUUUAACAAGGUUCUGAAUGAAAUAGCAAAGUUCCUUUUCCAAUAUUACUCACCGGUGUAUAUGAGAUUUUUUAAUACAAAAUGUAUUCAGCUAUUCCGAAUGAAUUCUGUUUUCCCGAAAUAAAUAGAGCUUAUUGCACAUAAAUGCUAGUGCAGUGUCAUAGAAGUUCAAUAGUAAACUAAAAUCUUACUCUAAUCAUAUAUUAUUUUAUUUUA